UUGAUUUCCUUUUUACUUCCGGAUGUGCACAUUGGCUGGUUGGAGCGGCUUCUGUCAAACAACUAGUUUUACACAAUGAAGCUCGUUACCUGGAACAUAAAUGGCAUAAGGGCUUUCAGAGGUGGCAUUAAAAAGGCUCUUGAUUCACUGGGCGCAGAUAUUAUAUGUGUUCAAGAGACAAAAGUGACAAGAGACUUGCUUGAUGAAAGAACUGCCAUUGUUGACGGCUACAACUCGUAUUUCAGCUUCAGUCGAGGACGCAGCGGCUAUUCAGGAGUUGCCACUUACUGUAAAGACAGUGCCACUCCAUUUGCUGCUGAGGAGGGUCUCACAGGUCUGCUGACCAACCAUGAAGGGGCUGUUGGUUGUUAUGGUGAUCAGACUGAGUUCUGUAGCGAGGAGCUGCAGCUUUUGGACAAUGAAGGACGAGCCGUUAUCACACAGCACAGAAUCAUGUGUCAGGACAAAGAGCAAACUGUUACUGUAAUCAAUGUAUACUGUCCACGGGCUGACCCUGAAAAGCCGGAGCGAAAGCAGUUCAAACUGCAUUUCUACAAGUUGCUUCAGUGUCGGGCUGAAGCUAUACUGAAAGAUGGGAGCCAUGUGAUUGUUUUAGGAGACGUAAAUACAUCUCACCGGCCAAUAGACCACUGUGACCCCACUGAUAUUGAUGAUUUUGGUGAAAACCCUGGGAGGAAAUGGCUGAAUGGCUUUUUGCACGGUGGCAAACAAGAAGAGGAAAGAAAUGAGGAGGAACCCAAUGAAGACUCUGAGGUAACUUCUACAGAUCCCAUCCACAGUGGAAAAUUUGUGGAUACCUUUCGCUAUUUCCACCCAACUCGCACCAAUGCCUUCACAUGCUGGUCCACUCUCACUGGAGCGCGGCAGACCAACUAUGGCACACGCAUUGACUACAUAUUCGCUGAUUGCCAGCUAUCCAAGGAGCAGUUUGUGGCAGCAGACAUCAUGCCAGAGGUUGAGGGGUCAGACCACUGCCCUGUGUGGGGGCAACUGAGCUGCUCUCUCCUGCCCAGCUGCAAGCCUCCUCCCCUCUGUACUCGCUACCUGCCAGAGUUUGCUGGCAAGCAGCAGAAACUCUCCCGCUUCCUUGUUAAGGUGGACCAAAAAUCAAUUCAGUCUGAGCGGAGGGAUGCAUUACCUGGAUCUCAAGAAGAGGGGGAAAGGAGGGAGAAUUUAAACCCAUUCAGAGCUGGAAAUGUCUCUGGUAAAAAGCGGACAUCAGAUUCUGUUGUCCCAAAGGGGAAAAAGACUAAGACAAUAAAGACUUCUUCAAAGCCACAGGGCAGUCUCCUUUCAUUUUUCAAACCUAAACUAACAAAUGCCGUUCCCUCUACUGAAGCCCCUGUCAGUCAGUGUCAAAAAACACUCAGCCUGGAUGAAGUUACCUCAUCACAAAACUCUCAGAAAGCGUCCACAACUAUAGAGGACGUGUCCUCAGUCACAAGCAGGGUACCUGAAGAUGCUGAGCUUGUCUUUGAUGGAUCACCACAGCUGUGCAACAGCAGCACCUCAGAGGAAAAUGACAAACAGAUGAAGACAAAACAUUUAACCCCACAGCCCACUGAGCCCAAGAAAGGGGCAUCGUUAGUGUUUUGGAAGUCAGUGCUUCAUGGACCGCCCCCACCACCUUCCUGUAAAGUCCAUGGGGAACCCUGUGUGCGCCGGACUGUAAAAAAGGAGGGGCCAAACAUGGGCAAGCAGUUCUUUGUGUGUGCCCGUCCUCAGGGACAUACCUCCAACCCUGAGGCUCGGUGUAAUUUCUUUGCAUGGGUUGAGAAGGGGAAGUGACAUGUUUAUUCUAUGGACCACAAGUUGUUUUUCCUGACUCAUCAGUAAAACCUCUAGCUCAAACAAGUACUGUAAGACUACUACGCAGAUGUUUCAUCAUUUCACAGAUUUUAAUUGUUGACUGUGUUUUUUUCUUGGAUAAAUAAUAAAAGACAGUGGUUUCCUAUUA